AUGCGCGGCCUCUACACGGGACUGGGCGCCAUUGCCCUGGCGUCCGUCAAUGCUUGGGAAUAUCCCUUUUGUGAACAUGAUGGGUGCUACCGCAACCUCAUCGACGAGCGUUUCGCAGAGGAGGCCAAGGGUUUCUGUGUUGAGUUCCUUCACAGAACCACCACUGCUGCCGCUGCUAUCCCGACGGACUUUAACAACUGCGCUGGAGAUGUCAAGGCUGUCUCCUCUGCCUGUUCCUGCAUCACCUACAGCUUGAGCACAACGGUUCCUCCUACCACCAGCACCUCGGCCCCGUGGACUACCAGCACUCCCGCUCCCCCGACCACCGUCAGUACUACUGAGGCCACCAAGACUACUUGGUCUUCCAGUGAGGUCGUCUCUACGAGCACAUCGUCCACCUGGGUCAGCAGCACCAAGGCUCACAGCACAUCCACCUCGUCUGAGGACUGCACGACUUCGUCCACGGCUGUCAGCUCGACCAAGGAGCAUAGCACCUCCACCUCCUCCGAAGACUGCACUACCUCUUCUACCGCUGUCAGCAGCACCAAAGUCCACAGCACGACUACGGAGGACUGCACCACCGAGACGACCGUGAGCACCAAGAGCCACCACUCACACUCCAGCAAGCCUACGACUCACGUCCCUCCUCCCCCUUCUACCACCACUGAGGAUUGCACCACCGAGACUGCCGUCAGUAGCACCAAGGGAGAGAGCACGACUAAGACCUGGGCCCCUCCUCCUCCUCCCACUACCACCCCCUAUGCCAACACGACGAGUGAGAAGCCUCCUCACACCAAGACGAGCACCACCAAGCUGACUACGUCCACCGUCUACACCACGACCGUUGAGACCGUGACGAGAUGCCCUCCUAGCGUCACAAAUUGCCCUCACACUCCUGUCACCACCACCAAGACCAUCGCUGUCUCAACGACUAUUUGUCCCGUCACAGAGGAGUCCACCCACCCUGCUCCUCCCCCAACGACCUGGACGACUUCCACAGUUUACACCACCAAGGUUCACACCAUCACCAGGUGCCCUCCCGACACCCCUAACUGUCCCGAAGGUCCUCACACCACCACCGAGACCGUUCCUGUGUCCACCACCAUCUGCCCUGUUACCGAGAGCGUGCCUCACACUUUCACCACUGUGCACCCCGUGCCCAGCAGCCCACCUCCUCCGCCGCCUGCUGGCACUCCCCCUGCCGGAACUCCUCCUGCUCCUCCAGCCAGCACCCACCCAGCGCCUCCUGCCGGAACUCCUCCUGCUCCCCCGGCCAGCACCCACCCAGCGCCUCCUGCCGGUACUCCCCCGGCUGGUACUCCUCCCGCUCCGCCGGCUAGCACCUACCCUGCUCCGCCCGCCGGUACCCCUCCCGCCGGUACCCCCGUGCCCCCUCCGGCUGGUACUCCUUCUGCUCCUCCUGCCGGCACUCCUCCCGCUGCCACCACGCCCGUCGCCUCGCCUAGCAAGACCACUACUGGUCCAGUCCAGGUCACCAAUGCUGCUGAUCGUCUUGGCUCCGGCAUCCUGGCCGCAGCCGCCGGUGUCGUGGUUGCUGCUCUGCUCUGA